AUGAUAGUGGCGGCCCUACACCCUAUUCUCUUCAUGGUAUGGCUGGCAAUAUUUCGAACAGCAAGCGCAAGCUUCAACUGCACCUUCGAGGAAGGGCUUUGUGACUGGAGACAAUCCGGUGGAGACACGUAUAACUGGCAUCUGUAUCAGGGGCGUCUUCCUUAUUCUCACACUCGGCCCAAUUUUGACGUAACAGUAGGAGUUAUACCUAGAAUGUUUCUCUUCGAUUCAACUGACGAUUUUCCUUCUGAUGGUGGAAUAGCAGUCCUUGUGGAAGGAGAAGAUCAUGUAUUUACAUGCUUGAUACCAGACAUAAAGCACGAAGUAGAACUUGUCUGGACCUUGGCUGGCCAGGGAGUAAAACAAGUCAGUAACAGAAGCGUCGUCACCAUCGACGGAUGGGAUGUUAGUAGUAGUGUCGUUGUGUCACCUAACAGAGACAACCAUAGAAAGACACUACAAUGCGAAGCGUUCGACGCAGACGGUGAGCUGAUCGACAAUAUGACUGUCUCAAUCGCUGUAAAGGCAACCACAGACUUCAACUGCACCUUCGAGGAAGGGUUUUGUGGCUGGAGACAAUCCAACGACGACAGGUAUAAAUGGCUGCUGCAGCAGGGGCGAACUCCUAUAUAUUCAUCCGGGCCACAGUUCGACAGGACGUUAGGCAGGACUCUCAAUGUGUAUCAGCUUCCAGUUAAUCAGACACUCAGUGAUGGUGAAAUCAUCUUUACGAGAAGCGGUCAAUACACGAACGGAACAUUCUGGUUAAAGGCCAGGAGUUGUGUGAGAAAUGCUACUUCGGAAUUUCAAAUUGCCCUGGAGGCAGUUCGUGGUUACUUCGACUCAGAUAUUGCAAUUGAUGACAUAAAUACCGUAAUCCCUCGAAUGUUCCUCUUUGAUUCAACUGAAGACUUUCCUUCAAAUGCUGGAAUAGCAGUCCUUGUGGAAGGAGAAGAUCAUGCAUUUACCUGCAUGGUACCUGACACAAAUCACGAAGUAGAAUUUGUCUGGACCUUGGCUGGCCAGCGAGUUAAACAAGUCAUUAACAGAAGCGUCGACACCAUCGACGGAUUGAGCGUUAGCAGUAGUAUCGUUGUGUCACCAAACAGAGACAUCCUUGGGAAAACACUACAGUGCGAAGCGAUCGACGCAGACAGUGAGCCGAUCGACAGUAUGACUGUGUCAAUCGCUGUAAGAGUAUCACCAAAGUCAUCAUUAAUGUCCCUGACUGGUCCCAGUGGAAACAGACUUCGACCUGGGGGCACAGCGAACGUUGCAACUGGUAUAGCAAACACCUUUGCUUCGACAGUAGGUUUCAACUGUACCUUUGAAGAAGGGUGGUGUGGUUGGAGGCAGUCAAAGGAAGACCGUACAGACUGGUCACUCAAGAUGGGAUCCACACAUCCUUCUUCUACUGGCCCUGCCCAUGACAAGACUGUAGGAGAUUACAGAGGCCGUUAUGCCUACUUUCAUCAAUACCACUCGUCUGAGGGCACCAACGCUGUGCUUAUCAGCCCUGCAGUUGUUCCCAGCAAAGAACAGAUCGCCAACCACGCGUGGUGCUUUAGUUUCUGGUACAACAUGUACGGGAGCAAUAUGGGUACUCUAAACGCAUCUCGUGUAGCUAUUGGCGAAUCAGUCACUGAAGGUGAAGUUCUGUUUUCAAGAAGCGGUGAGCAAACCAACCGAACAACUUGGCUGGAGGAGGAGAUCUGUGUCACGAAUUUAUCGUCAAGCUUUUUCAUAGCGUUUGAAGGGAUUCGUGGGAACGGCUCACAUUCAGAUAUCGCCAUCGAUGACGUGGAAUCUCAAGUGCCCAGGACAUCUAUCAUUAUAUUUGACUGGUUGGGAGAUAACUUUUACAUGGGAGACACUGUGUAUGCGAUUGGACGAGUCUUCAAUCGAUUCACUUGCAGAGUGCCUGAUAUCAGAGCACCCGUCUCGCUCUCGUGGACGUUCGGGGGACUUGAGGUUUCUCCCGACAGUUACAACAAUGUCACAGAUAGCGACGGUUUCACCACAAGCACCAGUACUGUAACAAUACCCAUUUCAGAGAGCGACCACGGGGAGCUACUUGAAUGCGUUGCGUUCGUUGCAGAGACACAUCCCGUUGUUAAUAUAUUCGUUACUGUUCAUGUGCAAGUUCCACCUGCGGAAUCCAGUUUAUCUCUGUAUGAUUCCGGUGGGAACCUAACUGGUGCGAGUACUGGUGUUGUGGAAGGGGCUCCCCACUCUUUCCUGUGCUCGGUGAGUCAGACAAGGCCAGCCGCUACCAUACAAUGGUUCCUGAAUGACGCUUUGCAAAGAACUGUUGACCCUCCUUCUGGAGAAAGCGAUGGUUUAGUGGACACCACGAGCAACUGGACGUUCGUCCCUAGCAGAGCCAAUCACGGGCAGAGGGUGAAGUGUGUGGCUAGUACAGCGGAGUCGGAGCUCCCUCUACCGUUUGUGAUGGUCACAGUGGAUGUCACAGGUCCCCCGGAUACUCCAGCUGUAUCAGGCAAUCUGUCGAUGACUGCAAAUGAGACCGUUCAAGUAACAUGCCAGGCCAGCCACGGAUACCCUGACGACUGGGAGCUGGCUUGGACUAAUGGGGGCCUACCUCUUGCCGGCACUCAUACCACCGCCAUGUUAACAUCGGGCAACCGCUACAGGUUCAGCAGCACGUUAAACUUCACGCCAACCAGAGAAGAUAAUGGGAACAUGAUCACAUGCUCUACCAAACGAGGAUCUUGGGAUCAAGACCCAAUAGGAUCGCUGGGUCCAAUCGACGUACAGUACUGUCCAGAAUUUUCUGCGCCACCUGAAAUCACAUCUAGGACUUUUGAGGAGGAAGAUAACGUGAUCUUUUCCUGCAGCGCAGACGCCAAUCCCAUGCCCCCUGAUUUCAUCACGUGGGAGAGGGUCGAAUCUCCAGGCUCCCUACCCUCUCUCUACAGCAAUGGAACAAGCACACUGUUGCUAAUCAACAUCAGUAGGGAGCAGGCUGGGACGUACAGGUGCCGCGGAGACAACGGUGUACCACCGGUGGUGUAUUCCAGCCUGGUUGAUGUCAUCGUGCGUUCACCCGUUGCUCCCUCAGUCAUCGGCAUACUGAUAAGCUGGCCGUAUCUAACUGCCAUCAGUGUACUGGGAAUACUUUUGCUCAUCAGUAUCGCAAUACAGGCGGCCGGCUAUUUUUACCGUAAGCGAAAGAGGCCACCGCAAAAGAAGGAACAACAAAAUGUUUCCCAAAGCAGUGAAGAUGGGACCGGAGGACCAGUCCGAGUCGUUGAAGAUACAGAAUGCUACGAAAACGUUGGGAUCCCUAUGCAGACCAUUCGAGCAGUUGAAAGUAAGCCGGUUGAGUCCACCUAUGCUGACAUCCCGGACUGCCGCGCAGCGAUCUCGCGAGAUCAGCUGACCUUCCUGCAAGAACUCACUCAGGGCACCUUUGGGAAGGUGCUACUUGCGAGAGCCUUAGACAUCAAGCAGCCAGGUCUCGUCACCCGCGUGGCUGUCAAAACUGUAAAAGAUGAAAGCGACCCGAAGGAGAAAGAGAACCUGAUUCGAGAGUUGAAUUCGAUGAAACCUCUCAGUGGUCACGCGAAUAUCGUUAAGCUCCUUGGAUACUGCAUCAACGAAGACCCGAUCUAUGUCAUCAUGGAGCACAUGGCGAAUGGGAACCUGAAGGAUAUUCUUACUGAUAGCCGAUCCGAACACGUGUAUGACAACCUACGAGGGGCUGUGUGUGCAUCCCUCACACCCAAGACUCUGCUAAGUCUGGCCAGGGGCGUGGCCGAAGGCAUGGCUUACUUGGCUUCACAAGGGUGUCUUCAUCAAGACCUUGCCGCCCGCAACGUCCUCGUUAGCGAGGAUAUGGUGAGCAAGAUAUCCGAUUUUGGAUUCGCCAGUGACGUCGCCGAAAUGAGAACAUACCAACGCAAACGCACGGGAUUUUCCCCUCUGCGAUGGAUGGCACUGGAGUCCGUUGUUGAUGACGUGUACACAACAGAGAGUGACGUGUGGUCUUUUGGGGUUCUGCUGUGGGAAAUAGUUACUCUGGGUGGCCACCCCUACCCGACCAUGAGUGCCAAGAAAGUGGUUUCCAAAGUGAAGUCAGGGUACCGGAUGCCCCGUCCCGACCACUGUCGAUUGCAAUUGUACCAGGUAGUGCGUGCUUGCUGGUCUAAGAACCCGGCAGUCCGACCGACAUUUGCAACGAUCACCGAUAAACUUGGAGGAUUGUUGGGAAAAGCUAACGAAUGCAUAUUGUUGGAAAGCUGCCAGGAGAACAUCUACAAAAUGUCGGUCUCAGGUGGAUCAGACUUUGAAAAGAUCUAA